UGGGCUUCUAGGGGCUCCCCCUAAACUAGCUCCACGAAAUGCCCCCUCCAACCUAGCACAUCCGCUCUCCUACCUUCGCCCAGGGGUGGCCGUUAUCUCUGUGCUGUCUGUCACGCGGGGAACGCCCAUCUGAACUGGGGCCUUAUGACUUUCGGUACUUUUAUUCGAACGUGGCCUGCGUCCCUGCCUCGAAUCUGGUUCUCGCCCUGAAGGACCCUUACUUAGCAUCCCUGCGGACUGCCGGGACCCCACGACCCCGCAAGCGGAGAGGCGCAGCGCGAUCCCUGCGCGCCCCUCCUGCUCCGGCGCUUCAGGGGGCCGGCCCUCAGGGGGCGGGGCAGGGUCUCGCGCAAGGCCUGCCGGUUGCUCGGGGUCGUACGACGCACUUUUCCAGCUCGAGCCCUCGCGAGGCCCGUGGGCACGACCGGAAGCCGCAGCAUGUUGAUCCCAUUUUCAAUGAAGAAUUGCUUCCAGUUACUUUGUAACCGCCAGGUCCCAGCAGCUGGCUUUAAAAAAACAGUAAAAAAUGGGCUCAUUUUACAGUCAGUUUCCAAUGAUGUCUAUCAAAAUCUGGCUGUGGAAGACUGGAUCCAUGACCAUAUGAAUCUAGAAGGCAAACCAAUUCUAUUCUUUUGGCGGAAUUCUCCCUCUGUUGUUAUUGGUAGGCAUCAAAAUCCUUGGCAGGAAUGUAACCUGAAUCUAAUGAGAGAAGAAGAUAUAAAACUGGCGCGGAGAAGAAGCGGAGGAGGAACAGUCUACCAUGAUAUGGGUAAUAUCAAUUUGACUUUCUUUACAACCAAAAAAAAGUAUGAUAGAAUGGAAAAUCUGAAAUUAAUUUUGAGAGCUCUGAAUGCUGUCCAACCCCAGCUAGAUGUGCAGGCUACCAAAAGGUUUGACCUUUUACUUGAUGGACAGUUUAAAAUCUCAGGAACAGCUUCUAAGAUCGGCCGGACUACUGCCUAUCACCAUUGCACUUUAUUAUGUAGUACUGAUGGGACAUUCUUGUCUUCUUUGCUAAAGAGCCCUUACCAAGGGAUCAGGAGCAAUGCCACUGCUAGCAUACCUUCCUUAGUGAAAAAUCUUUUGGAAAAGGAUCCCACUCUGACCUGUGAAGUACUAAUGAAUGCUGUCGCUACAGAGUAUGCUGCUUAUCAUCAAAUUGAUAAUCACAUUCACCCAAUAAACCCAACGGAUGAGACACUGUUUCCUGGCAUAAACAGCAAAGCCAAAGAACUACAAACAUGGGAGUGGAUAUACGGCAAAACUCCAAAGUUUAGUAUAAAUACUUCCUUUCAUGUGUUGUAUGAACAGUCACACUUGGAAAUUAAAGUAUUCCUAGACAUAAAGAAUGGAAGAAUUGAAAUUUGUAAUAUUGAAGCACCUGAUCAUUGGUUGCCAUUGGAAAUACGUGACAAAUUAAAUUCAAGUCUUAUUGGCAGUAAGUUUUGCCCAACUGAAACUACCAUGCUAACAAAUAUAUUACUUAGAACAUGUCCACAAGAUCACAAACUACACAGUAAAUGGAAUAUUCUCUGUGAAAAAAUUAAGGGAAUAAUGUGAUUCCAAGUAAAUGUCUUAAUACAGUUUCAAUUAGAAAAUAAAAUGUCUCAUACUUGCACAUGGUAUGUCAAAAAAAAAAAAAAAAA